GUCAUCGCGGUCAACUCUGCUCGGCAUCUCAUGUCCAGACAGAGGGGAAGCCGUCCACAUGGAGGUGUGUCUUUACAAGCUUCAGCUUUCAGUUAUUACUGCAAUCCAGGAGCCGAAGGAAACCCCUCAGCACUCUAUUGUUGGACGGUGAUGGAGCUUUGAUUUCUUCGGUCGAGACUUCAACCGGUUUCGUCUUCAGAUCUGCAGAGGUCCAGUUAUGCUGCUCCGUCUAGAGUCAUCUGUGCUUCUGCUGCUCUUGAUUGCAGCUCCAGUUCGCCUCCAGGACGAAUGUGUGGGGAAUUCAUGUUAUCCUAACCUCGGUGACCUCAUGGUGGGCCGUGCUGCUCAACUCACAGCUUCUUCAACCUGUGGUCUCCACAGACCACAAAAUUAUUGCAUCCUGGGAUAUUUGGAGAAUGAGCGCAAAUGCUUCACCUGUGACUCCAGGAGCCCCUACAAUGACCACCACAAUCCCAGCAGUCACCGCAUAGAGAACAUCAUCACCACCUUCCAGCCCGAACGCAAGAUGAAGUGGUGGCAGUCCGAGAACGGUGUGCAUGAAGUGAGCAUUCAGCUGGAUCUGGAAGCAAUGUUUCAGUUUAGUCAUCUAAUACUGACUUUCAAGAGUUUCCGGCCUGCUUCCAUGUUUGUCGAGAGGUCAAAGGACUUUGGGAGAACCUGGAAGGUUUUUCGGUAUUUCGCAGAGGACUGCGCCAACUCAUUCCCUGGCAUCUCUGAAGGACCAGCUCACAGUAUUAAUGACCUAGUCUGUGACAGUCGCUACUCCGGUGCAGAACCAUCCACCGAUGGAGAGGUGGUGUUAAAAGCAUUAGAUCCCAGUUUUGACAUCCAUGAUCCAUACGACUCCACUAUUCAAGAGCUGAUCACGCUGACGAACCUGCGAGUAAACUUCACACGUUUGAUCACCCUGGGUGACACAUUGCUCACUCGACGGAAGAGGAACCCACAGGAUAAGUACUAUUAUGCCCUCUAUGAGAUGGUGGUUCGGGGGAGCUGCUUCUGCAAUGGCCACGCCAGUCAGUGCAUUCCUGUGGACGGCACACGUGGAGAUACAUUUACUGAGCCUGGCAUGGUGCAUGGUAGAUGUGUUUGUCAACACAACACUGCCGGGUACAACUGUGAGCGCUGUCAAGACUUUUACCAUGACGCCCCCUGGAGGCCAGGUGGAAAACCAGACUCAGAUGUUUGCAAAAGUUGUAACUGUCAUGGCCAUUCAGAGAAGUGUCACUUUGAGUUAGCGCGAUAUCUAGCCACUGGUGGGGUUAGCGGUGGUGUGUGUGAUGACUGCAGGAACAACCGCAUUGGACCUCAGUGUGAGCUCUGCGGGCCGUUUUACUACCAGGACCCUCAGCGCUCUGUGGAUGACCCUUACGCUUGUAUAUCUUGUGACUGUGAUUCUGAUGGGUCGGUGGACCGUGGUCUGUGUGAUCCAGUGACUGGCCAGUGUGUGUGUAAACAGAACGUUGAAGGAGAGCAAUGCGACCGCUGCAAGUUUGGGUUUUACGGAUUCAGCCGGGACGAUCCUAGUGGCUGCCAGUUGUGCAGGUGUAAUUUCCUGGGAACGAUACAAGUGGGCAACCCUUGCGAUCCGACAACAGGAAGGUGUAUGUGUGAGCAUUUCGCUUACGGCCCACAGUGUGAUCAGUGUCUGCCAGGUUACUGGGGUCUGGGAAACACAGUAUAUGGCUGCAUACCCUGCAACUGUGACAUUGGAGGGGCGCUGAAAACAGAAUGUUCCCCGCUUGAUGGCCAGUGUAAAUGCAGGCCUAACAUGGUAGGCCAAAAAUGUAGUGAUCCGGCUCCUGGAUAUUUCCUUGCCCCUCUUGAUUUCUACAUCUAUGAGGCUGAGAACGCAGCACCUCUGGCGGUAAUUUCUCCUUUUAUAGGUCCCCCUCCAGUUGUAUACCCCACUGAACUGAUACCUGAACGACCAACCAAGCUUCCUCUCUGCGCACCCGCUCCGAAACCCAGCCCAGUACCUUAUAGAGAACAAACAACAGUGCGACCAUCUCCAGCCCCAUACAACCCCCAUGUCACGCUGCCCAUGUGUGAGCACUACUUCAGACAGAGGGGUUAUGAUUUUCAGAUCAGUAACGGAAGACUUGUGGUGGUCAAGCGUGAGAAAAGGCAAACUCGAAGACGAAGACAAGGCCAGAGGACAAUCCCCUUUGAACCAGGCUCACCUCUUCAGAUCAUUCUGCGUCAACGUGCCAAUGAACAGUCUGUCACGUGGACUGGAUUGGGUUUUGUGCGAGUUCAGGAUGGAGCUGGACUUAGAUUUACUGUCAGCAACAUUCCAGCAACUCUUGACUAUUAUGUAGUUGUCCGCUACGAACCAGAGUCCACUGAUGAUUGGACAGCUAUUGUGAGCAUUUUAUCUUUUGGAUCAGGGGAUGAACGGUGUCCGAAUGACCCAUCCAACAAAAUGUUUACUCUUCCUGCCUCUGGAAGAACAGCCACUCUGGAUCUUCCAGUAUGCCUCAGUGAUGGUAAUCAAUACCAUGUGGACAUCACGUUUAGAAAGCAGCCCAGUGAAGACCCUCACAGCAGCUCAUACAUCCUGAUUGACUCUCUAGGACUUAUUCCCAAAGUGGAGUCCGUCCCAAACUUCUGCACACAGUCAUAUCUAUCUCAGUUUCAACAAUAUCGUUGUAUUGAGCUGGCUGUACAGGCAGGAGGCCAGACCCUUCCAGAAGUAUGUGAGAUGCUUAUUGGAUCUAUGUCAGCUUUUAUUCACAAUGGCGCAGUGUCUUGCAACUGUCAUCAUAUCGGAGCAUAUGGCUCAUCUUGCAGUAAAUUUGGUGGACAAUGUCAAUGCAAACCCAACGUUAUUGGCCGCUGCUGUGAUUCUUGUGCUCCCCUGACAUAUGGGCUUGGACCCAAUGGCUGCUCACCAUGUAACUGUGAUCAGUCUGGCUCUACUACGGAACUGUGUGACCAGACAACUGGUCAGUGCUCGUGUCGAGAUGGAAUAACUGGCCUUCAGUGCAAUAGAUGUUACACUGGCUACUAUGGGUUUCCCCUGUGCAGACGUUGCCAGUGCAACAGGUUGGCUGACAUUUGUGACCCAAUCACUGGAGACUGUCAGGACUGCAGGGAACACUCCACGGGACGACACUGUGAAAGGUGUAAAGAGGGAUAUGUUGGUGACCCUGUCUCUGGACAGCCAUGUGAGCCAUGCUCAUGUCCAGAUCUGAAUGGAAGUGGACGCUUCUUUGCCUUUUCCUGCAAUAAGGAUCCCCACUCUGGAGCACCUUACUGUGACUGUCUGCCAGGACAUACAGGCCCACAAUGUGACUCCUGCUCUCCUGGUUUCUAUGGUGACCUGAGGUUGCCAGGUGGUCGAUGCAAAGAGUGUUGUUGCAACAAUAACAUCGAUCCUCGUGAUGGUGAUGCAUGUGAUCCUGUAACCGGCGAGUGUUUGCGCUGCUUACACAACACUGAGGGCCCACGCUGUCAGAGCUGCAAACGGGGAUACUACGGCAAUGCACUUGCUCAAGACUGCAAAGAAUGUUCUUGUAACCGGAGGGGCACAGAUGACUCACUGUGUCCAGCUGGAAGCCCCUGUUUCUGUGAUCAGGACACUGGCCAGUGCCCGUGUCGCCCGGGUGUCCAGGGAGCCCUGUGUAAUGAAUGUGAUGAUGGGUACUGGAACCUGGAUGGAGACUCUGGGUGUCAGCCUUGCAACUGUGACCCAGAACAUGCUCUUAACUACAUCUGUGACAAGAUCACAGGCCAGUGUUUAUGCCAGCCAGAAUAUGGAGGCAGAAUAUGUGACGAGUGUGGUCCGAAUCACUUUGGAAACCCUGAUUUACAGUGCAUGUUUUGUGACUGUAACUUAGAGGGCACCGUUCAUCCAGCCUGUGACACUUACACCGGUGAGUGUUUGUGUAAGCCAGGGGUGACGGGUCCUUUCUGUGAUGAAUGUGCCCCGGGUCACAACAACAACUUUCCUGCCUGCGAACCCUGCCAUGCCUGCAACCACCUCUGGGAGAAAAUCAUCUCAGAUCUUAGUUUAGAUGCAGAGAGGAUAGAAACCAUGAUGCCUUGCCCUGAAGAUUUUCGUUCUAGACCUGAACUACAACACCUACAGAACUUGCUGGAAAAGCUGCAGAAUGUUGCUAACAUGGGCGCUCAGGAUGAGCUUAAAAAGCUGGAGGAGCUCUUGGCACGUAUUAGGAAUGAAACCGAGAUCAUUGACCCAAACAUAAUCAUUUUUGACCGAACCCUGCUGCUCAACACUGACAUCGACAAUAUCCGCCUUGAGUUCAACAAGCUGCUGAAGAAUCUCAGAGAGAAGACAAAAGAGACUCCGGUGACAGACUUAAAAGCUCUUAACGAUAUUUUGAACAAGAUCAAAAAGUUCUAUGACGAGUUCACUGACAGCGAGAAGAAAGUAGAAGCAGCUAAAAAAGUCCAAGAAGCCUCCAGGAAGACGAGAGAGAAAGUCACACUGGAGCUCGCCAAGUGUCGCAUAGGAGAGAUGGAUAAGCUGGAGAGGAAAGUGAAAGCUCUGAGCGCUGCCAACAUUAAUGAGGAGGUCUGUGGGGCUCCAGGCGAUGCAGAAUGUGAGAAAGCGAAAUGUGGUGGAGCUUUGUGUGGGAAGUGUGGAGGACCGGCCUGUACGGGGAGUUUACCCAUCAGCCUCAAUGCCUCCAAACUGGCAGAGAUGACGGAAAAGAAUAUCACUGCUUUGCGCAGUCAACUCAAAGAAGCUGAUGCUCAGCUCAGAAAUGCCUCAGAAAUGACUAAUUAUGUCAAGGAUCAAGCAGAAGGAAUGAUGGAUAAAAUUAAUCGCACAAAAACUAAAUAUGAGCAGGAAAAGAUUGACACUAAGAAACUCAUCGAGAAAGUCAAGAAUUACCUGCAAGAUGAGCUAGUGAAGCCAGAGGACAUUGAGAAACUGGCAAACGCUGUGUUAUCCAUUCAGCUGCCUAAGUCCCCUGAUGAGAUCAAGGACAUGAUUGAGGACAUCAAAAAAAUCCUGGCAAACAUCACAGAAUUUGACGACGAUCUCGAGUACCUGGAGAAACAAGCCAAAAUUGCUGGCAACAUGAAGGAAAGAGCCAAAGAAAUCUUGAACAGAACCAAAUCAAUCGAUGUGAAGGAGAUAGAGAAAGCUCUGAAUGAUACAGCAGAGCUUCAUGACAAGAUAGUCAAUGAUCUGGACGAGGCUGAACAAAACAAUGACGUUAUCAGAGACAAAGUUAAUGAGACUGAACCUAAACUAAAAAAUAUUCAGGAUCAUUUGAAUUCGCCUCGUGCCAAAAAGUUACUGGAUGAAAUCGAGGCCUUGAAAAACAAGACAGAGAUGAACAGAGCUCAGGGGAAAGAGGCCAAAGAUGCUGCCGAUGCGGCGCUCAACAGUGCCAAAGACACUGGCAAGGAUCUCGAGGAGCUGAAAGAGCAGUUUGAAAAAUUAAAACUUAAUAGCACAAACCAGAAUGUCUCUGGCGAGGCGAAUGAACGUCUGAAGAACAUCACAAUGGAGGCAGAAAACCUGGCUAAAUAUGUGGAAGAUAAAAUGAAGGAAAUCGAAGACUUGGAAGCAAAGAUUCUGGUCUCUAAUGAAAGAAAAGAUGAAAUGAUGAAAGAGUUGGAGGAGCUCCAGAAGGAGGCAGAUGAUCUGAAAAAAUUUAUUGUUGAUAAAGUGCAGAAAUACAACCUGUGCUCCACUUAAUCCUACAAGGGCUUCCCUUCCUUAAAAUCAGAGGAAACAUUUUUAGUGUUUGAAAUGGGAGGACUAGAAUUAAGAAAAAGGUGCAGUUCUUUUAUCUUAAUCCUGUAUGGGGUUGUUAUCUUUUUGUUUACAAUCUAAUUAGAUGAAUUGGAUCUCAUCAAGCACCAGAAAUGUUUUAUUGUCUGUCCAGUAUAUUUUUGGAAAAUUAUGGAACUGUCCGUUAUAUGAAAAUCUCAGGAUGUUUAACCCUGGUUGACCACAAGAGGUCGCAAGAGUAAAAUUGAAAAUGCUACACAACCCAUGCAACGUUGCAGAUUUACAGGCACAGUUAACAAAGGAAGCACGUUUUACUCAAAUUGUGAGCUUGUUGAAUUGAAUAAGAUGAUUAAAGAUUGUUGAACUACCUUGUUCACCUAACAUACUGAGAUGUUCUCUCUGAACUGCAACGCUUCUAAUGAGCCAAGUUUAAAAUUAGCACACGUUUGAAUCAGAGAAGCAAUUUAUCUAUUGUUCAAUUUAACUUUUUAACUUAGCUGUCCGAGCAACAGCCAGGAGGACAGUUACUUUUAGAUAUGUAAUACUUUGAUUAAUAGAAAAUAAGACUCAGGCAGUGAUAAGACAGUCAAGUUUAGACGCCUGCUGCUUGAGGAAUGUGUCGGCUUGCCUCUCACGGGAGGUGGAGGGUCUGUGCUUUUGUCCUGCAGUGUUAACAGCCCCUCAGUUUACUAUUGAAAUGCAAAACCAAAGGUAAAGCCCAUCUGAUGUUAUUCCAUUGAUCUACCUGAGUGGAUCUGCUCUAUUUUUUUAUUGAGAGACAUUUUGUCUGGGAUAAUUUCAUUUUAGUUGGUUCAAGAUUAAUGGCAAAAGAUUUUAAACAACAAAACUGCCUUUAGAAGUGAGUGAGUGAGUGAGUGAGUGAGAGAGAGAGAGAGAGAGAGAGAGAGAGAGAAUUUACUUACUAUUUACUCACCCUCUCAUGAUUCUAAACCUUUAUAAGUUUGUUAUUUUCUAAUGAACACAAGUAUAUUUGAAAUAUAUUGACUAGUUAGCUAGUAAGUUGACUACACUAAGGAAAAGAUUUUUGCUGCUUGUUCAAACUACUUAAUUACCAUGAGCUGAAACAACACAAUCCUUGAGAUUUUUUUGGGACAACUUAAUUGUUUUAUUUUCAAUUCACUUACAUUCUUCACUGUUAGUGUAAACUUUACUUUCCCUUUUUGGGGCAAUUUCUUCUGCAGCGUAAUAGAUUUACAACACAUAUACCACACACUUAAGACAAACAUUAAACAACAUUACUAGUACUAAAAACAGAGGCUACCUCUUCCCAUUAAAAUUUAGCAAAUCAAUUGAACAAGGAACAAAUGAAAAUUUAAAUCUGUUAGUCUGUGCCAAAGGGACCCUAUACCGAGAUCCUGAAGGAAGCAUUUGAAAGGAAUCAAAAAGAGGAUGAGUUAUAUCAGAUGAGCUUUCUUUAACACUUAAAUUUCAUACAAAUUGGAUAACCCUGGCUUUUACCCCUAAUACUUUGCUGCAGCUAAAUCCUUAGUUACAUUAACUUAAGUAACUUAGGCUAUGCAAACAAAACAAACAUACUCUAAUGGCAACCAGUUUCUAACAUUCUUUAAAGUGAAGUUUCAUAAACUAAUUUCGAGAGGAGCACGUGAUAUGAUUGAGCACGUCUGGCCACUCAUCUGUAAUCAGUAAUAAUCCAAUCAGAGUGAUCCUAGUUUACUAUAAAUGGAUCAAUUUCUCCUUACUGUUUCUAUCUUCGUUUGGAAGAAUCCCCCCUUCCACCCCAUCUCCUCCUUUUCCUCCCUUUUCUAAAGGGGGAGCUUUCGAGACCUACCUGAUCUCGGAUCUCCUGAUAUGCUUAUCGACCGGGCGGGAGCCCUGGGCUCAAAUAUCUCCGAGCUCAGGGUUCUCUCCCGGGACAGCAUGCCAAACUUGCUUUAUACGCCAAGCAUAUCUAAGUGGGAACUCUUGAAAUAUAUUAUUUUGUGUUCAACAGAAGAAAUAAACUCAAACAGGCUUGGAACAAA